GUGACCGGGUCUUCCCAGAAGCCUACCGAAUACUGGACAGCAGCGCAGGCCAGGGAAGGAAACCGGCAGGCAGGGACCGGCAGGAACUCGCUGGAUCGUUGAAAGUCCUCGAUCAACGCAGAUUAGGUCAGAGCAGCGCAAACACAAACCGCUGCACUUGACUUCGAUACAGACCACUUUCUGCACGGAGGACUGUAGCGCACAGCCAAAUUCUGCAGGAGAAAACAUGUCUCGUUCUAUCGUCCGACUUUCGCUCAUCAUCUCUCAGAGAGUAGCUGCCAAGUCCGCCUUAUUGCCCAAGACCAAGGUUCCUGCUUUCAUCCGUCCUGUCUCCACUAGUUCAGGCUCAGGAUCUCUGACUCGUUACGAUGAGACCACAGACUGGCAGAAAAAACUUACCCCUGAACAGUAUGUGGUCACGAGGGAGAAGGGGACAGAGAUGCCCUUCAGCGGUCUCUAUCUGAACCAUAGUGAGGUGGGGAUGUACCACUGUGUGGGCUGCGAUACUCCCCUCUUCAGUUCAGAGGCGAAAUAUGACUCUGGGACAGGCUGGCCAGCGUUCAAAGAGGCUCAUGGGACGUGGGAGUGCGACGAGAGCCAUGCAUCCAUCAUCCGUCGCCCUGACAACACCAUGGGUAGUGCCGAGACAGAGGUCCUCUGUAAACAUUGUGAUGCCCAUCUGGGUCAUGUGUUUGAAGAUGGACCAGACCCCACAGGACAGAGGUUCUGCAUCAACAGCCAGUCUCUUAACUUCAGACCGAGAGAUCUCACACCCGAAGACUAGUGGAGCUCCUAGGACCGCUUAGAACCGUCUAAAACCACCUAGGCCUGACCAGAGCAAACCUUCAAACCCAGAGAACACAAACCCAAGGUCCAGUAAAACAUGACAGAACUGACACCUGGAUCCCUAACACUGACCAUAGAUGGAAUUUUCCUGAUUUCCUGACCUCGGCAUCAGGAAUACUGUUUUCUAUGUCUGUAUCUUUCUGUAACUGUUCAGAGAUGAACCUGUAAUAUUUACCUGACUGUAUUUACAUCUGUUCCCAGCCUAACUCUAGCCCCAACUAUAACACAGUAUGUUAUAGGGGUAAGGGGGUAAAGGGGGAUCAUGUGUUUCAUAUGGUCACAUUUUUAUGUCUGUCCAUUAUAUUAAAGGGUCUUCAAUCAUAGUCACUGGGUCGCUCUGAGAGUUAAAGGCCUAAUGCAGUGUUUUUUAAAAUCUCAAUAUCAAAUCAUUUCUGGGUAAAAUGAAGUACCUUACUGUAAUAGUUUUCUGUUAAAAUGGUCAAAAAGAAAGAAAAAUAGCUUUUUAGAAAAAAACAAUUUCUCUAGCAACAAUUUCUAGUGUUAGUUUCAUCCGCUGUUGUACAAUAUGAUACAAAACACAGGAAAACUGAAUUUUAACUGCUUCUAACUGAUAGGUAAGGAGUAUUUUUGACUGCUCAUUGAAUCGAGCCAUUAGUGUCUGCUGUUGUGUACAGUUAGUCCGUGUCUGUGGUAGAACCUACUGCAUAUGAACCCUUCAACCAGGAGCAUAUUCUGUCAAUGAAAUUUGUAUUUUUUCUUGUGUGCUUGGAAAGUGUUAUAUUGUGUUCAGUUGACAAAAUAGUCUAGUGUGUUUUAAUGUUGGUUUAAAAAGAGAAAUCAGUUGUAAAAUACAGUAUAAAGUGCAUUCGGAGAGUAUUCUGACCCCUUCCCUUUUUCCACAUUUUGUUACGUUACAGCCUUAUUCUAAAAUGUAUCAAUUAAAACAUUUCCUCAUCAAUCUACACAGAAUACCCCAUAAUGACAAAGCAAAAAAAAGUUUUUAGAUUCUUUUGCAAAUGUAUAAAAAAAAAAAAAAAACAUAAGUACCUUAUUUACAUAAGUAUUCAGACCCUUUGCUGUGAGACUAAAUUGAGGUCAGGUGCAUCCUGUUUCCAUUGAUCAUCCUUGAUGUUUCUACAACUUGAUUGGAGUCCACCUGUGAUAAAUUCAAUUGAUCGGACAUGAUUUGGAAAGGCACAAACCUGUCUAUAUAAGAUCCGAAAGUUGACAGUGCAUGUCAGAGCAAAAACCAAACCAUGAGUUUGAAGGAAUUGUCUGCAGAGCCCCGAUACAGGAUUGUAUCGAGGCACAGAUCUGGGGAAGGGUACCAAAACUCUUCUGCAGCAUUGAAGGUCCCUAAGAACACAGUGGCCUCCAUCAUUCUUAAAUGGAAAGAGUCUCAACCACCAAGACUCUUCCAAGAGCUGGACGCCAGAGAGGUGACCAAGAACCCGAUUGUCACUCAGACAGAGCUCCAGAGUUCCUCUGUGGAGAUGGGAGAAACUUCCAGAAGAACAACCAUCUCUGCAGCACUCCACCAAUCAGGACUUUAUGGUAGACUGGCCAGACAGAAGCUACUCCUCAGUAAAUGCACAUGACAGCCCGCUUGGAGUUUGUCAAAAUACACCUAAAGGACUCAGACCAUGAGAAACAAGACUCUCUGGUCUGAUGAAACCAUAAUUGAACUCUUUGGCCUGAAUGCCAAACGUCACAUCUGGAGGAAACCUGGCACCAUCCCUACGGUGAAGCAUGGUGGUGGCAGCAUCAUGCUGUGGGGAUGUUUUCAGCGGCAGGGUGGCUGGGAGACUAGUCAGGAUCGAGGGAAAGAUGAAUGGAGCAAAGUUCAGAGCGGUCCUUGAUGAAAACUUGCUCCAGAGUGCUCAGGACCUCAGACUAGGGCAAAGGUUGUCAGGGGACAAUUACAUAUUUACCUGAUGUGUUUGAUAUUAAUAGUAAACAAUUAUAUAUUUAACUAAGAGUAAGACUGGCCUGCUAAUGCUAAGUAUUUAUGGUGUCCACUCUAGCUUCAUUGUUAGGGAAGCUCUCAGCUUCACAACUUAGAGUUUGCGGUCGACAGUUUCAUUAUUGCAAUAAUUAAUUGAUGAUUGUUUGAAUAAUUGUCCAAGUCUCUCUCAGUAAUGAAAUUAUCACUAGAUGGUUCACCUUCCAACAGGACAAAGGCCCUAAGCACACCGCCAAGACAAUGCAGGAGUGGCUUCGGGACAAGUCUCUGAAUGUCCUUGAGUGGCCCAGCCAGAGCCUGGACUUGAACCCGAUCAAACAUCUCUGGAGAGACCUGAAAAUAGCUGUGCAGUGACACUCCCCAUCCAACCUGACAGAGCUUGAGAGGAUCUGCAGAGAAGAAUGGGAGAAACGCCCCAAAUACAGGUGUGCCAAGCUUGUAACAUCAUGCCCAAGAAGACUCGAGAGCCAAAGGUACUUCAACAAAGUACUGAGUAAAGGGUCUGAAUACUUAAGUAAAUGUGAUAUAUCAUUAGUUUUUUUUAUAUAUAUUUGCACAAAUGUCUACAAACUUGUUUUUGCUUCGUCAUUAUGGGGUGUAGAUUGAUGAGGAUAUUUUUUUGUCAUCCAUUUUAGAAUAAGUAGAGGGGUCUUAAUAUCUGAAUGCAAUGCAGUUACAACAAUGAUAUCAACAUCGCCCCCUCUCUGUCAGAAGCACACACUGCACUGACUGGUAUGUCCAGCCCACUACCAGUAAAGGGCUGUUAAUGAUAAACACAGCAAGAGGUCAUCA